UGCUACUUUCUGGUGAACACUUGUACUGUCCCAGAUAUAUCAUAUCGAUCAUCUGCCAGCUUUCAUCAUUCCGAGUCACAGCGAUAGCAGAGAGUGUCGACGACGAUGGCUAUACAAUCGAUGCUAGAGACCGUUCAAGACAAUGGCACGACCUGUGAGCCCGCUAACGAGAACGACCGGAUACUGAGUAUCCAGUCACACGUCGCAUACGGUUAUGUGGGCGGAAAGGCUGCCGUAUUCCCCCUCCAAUGUAUAGGCUAUGAUGUUGAUGUAGUCAACACCGUGAAUUUUUCAAAUCACACCGGUUAUGGACGAUUCGGCGGAACCAGAGCAUCUGCAGAAGAGUUAGCGACGAUUUUCAAGACGAUGGACGAGGCUGGCUUGUUGGCUCCCCACAGACUUCUCACAGGUUACAUACCAAACGCCGCCGCUUUGCAAGUCAUAAAGGAACUUGCGCAAAAGCUUAAGUCACAUGACCCGCAUCUCAUAUACCUCAUGGACCCUGUGCUCGGUGACUCAGGGAAGCUCUAUGUAUCACAGGAUGUAAUACCCAUAUACAAGGAGAUGUUUUCUUUUGCAACGAUCAUCACCCCUAAUUGGUUCGAAGUCGAGACUCUUACCGGGGUACCACUCCGUUCACUAAGCGCUCUGCGCAACGCCCUAUUCAUCCUGCACAAGCACGUUCCACACGUUGUCAUUUCCUCUAUUCCCUUACAACCAUGGUUAUCCGAGGUCCUACCUGAAACCAUGCAACCUCCAGCUUCCACAGAUAACCAACAAGCCUAUCUCCUCUGCAUCUCCUCAUCCCGUACAGGGACAAGCUCCAAUUCCACAGUUCACGCCAGACGCGUCCCACUGAUCCCAGGAUACUUCUCCGGAGUCGGCGACCUAUUCUCCGCACUAACUCUCGGGCACUUCAACCCGUCCCCCACGUCUUCCGACGGCAAGUUUCAUUCGGCUACACAGACCCCAUUAUCAUUCGCUGCUGCCGCCGCUCUGCACAAGACACACUCGAUCCUUGAGUUCACCAACGCCUUUGCAGCGCGGCUUCCUCCCGAAGACCGCACAACCACUGAUGAUGAGCGUGAUGAAGCUGAGCCCGUGCGAAAGGACAAACGAAUGAGGGGCAGAGAGCUUAGACUUGUGCAGGGGCAGCACAUAUUGCGGGAGGAAUGGAGGGAGGGGCAAGGGAAAGAUCUGCAACUCUGGGACGCUUUCUGGGACUCGUGUUAAGAGAGAGACCAGUUUAACUUAUCAUAUUAACCCGCAGCACAUCUAACAUUAUGAUUUUUUCUCUCUUGUAUUUCCUGAGAAUUUUCACGAUUUGAUGCCAGCAUUACUGC